UUUUCCCUUACUAAUAAAAACGGAAGAACUUUUUACUUCUACCAAUUCCAAGGAUUCUCGAAGGUGACCGAUAUUGGGGCGCAUGCAACUAGCUUCCAGCACGCUACAAAGGACAGGCACUAUGGAUAAUUACCAAAGAGCGAGUGAAAUGGAUAGAGGCAUGUGCUAUGAGGAAUAGUGUAGUAGUCUUGAUCCUCCAACACUUCCUUCAUUCAACAUUCAAUAGUUCCGAUUGGAAGUGCUCUAUUAACUGAGUAUAGGAGCAAUCAUUUCCAAUAUCUAGCUUAUCGAGAAUAGUUUGAUCUUGUCAAAUAUUAAAUGUGCAACUGAAUAAAUACGAGAGAAUUUCGUUGGAAGCCGCAGAUCUAGUCGAACUUUAGCCAUGCCUGUUCCAAGUCUCCAGAAGCCUGCCCCUAUCUUCAAAGGUACUGCUGUCGUGAAAGGUCUGUUCAAGGAAAUCAGCCUUGAAGAUUACCUGGGACAGUACGUGGUAUUGUUCUUCUAUCCCUUAGAUUUUACGUUUGUUUGCCCAACUGAGAUCAUAGCGUUUUCUGAUCGUUCCGAUGAAUUCAGAGAAAUCAAUACCCAAGUUGUCGGUUGUUCCACCGAUAGCCACUUCAGCCACUUCGCCUGGAUUAAUACACCUAGGAAAAUGGGAGGUCUCGGCGAAAUGGAAAUCCCAUUGCUAUCUGAUAAGGCUAUGAAGAUAUCGACUGCUUACGGCGUCUUAGAUGAAGAGACAGGUGUACCAUUCCGUGGUCUGUUCAUCAUCGACGUCAAAGGCAAUCUUCGACAGAUUACCAUUAAUGAUUUACCAGUGGGUCGUUCCGUAGAUGAAGUCUUGCGUCUGGUACAAGCUUUCCAGUUUACCGAUGAAUUUGGUGAAGUCUGCCCAGCUGGUUGGAGACCUGGAAAGAAAACUAUGAAGCCGGAUGUUACAGCAAGCAAGACCUAUUUCGAGACCACUGAUAAAGAAAAAGAAAAGGAGAAAGAAAAAGCCAAAUAAAAAGUGUUGGUUAAAUAGAAGUAUGCACCGUAAGAAGUAUUAACAAAGAACAUACAGUCUCAAUAUAGCGUUUUUGCACCUAAAGCAAAUGAAAUUAUUAUUUCCACAAAAACACCAGAGUUUUAUAUUAAAUACAUUAUCAAACUUUCAUAAUCCAAGGACGGAAAUAAGUUGUUUUUUAUUUUAUCUAGUUACA